AUGGCUGCGGAUAGAAUUAGCGAAUUACCAGAUCCUAUACUCUCUCACAUACUCUCCUUCAUCCCAACCAAACUCGCUGCAACCACAAGCAUCCUCUCAAAGCGAUGGAAAUCAGUGUGGCACUCAGUCCUCACACUCGACUUCGACGACCAAACCUUCAAAGACUUCGAUUCACUUACAAGUUUUAUGCUCUCAACCAUUUCCUCUCGAGACAUUAACUUACCAAUCCAUUCUUUCGCAUUCAAAUGUGUCGACAAGACAUUUUCACCCUACGAUCUAAAAGUUCUCAACCUAUAUGUUAUCUUUGCCGUUGAACAAAAGCUUGAGAAUCUUAGCCUCCACAUGCCCCUUGGUUGCGUUUCAAAGUUAUUUUUCCAAAACCCUAAUGAAAUCGAUUUAUCUCGCGUUUUUAGUUGUAGGACGCUUCAAGUUCUUGAUUUAAGUCGCUUAAUAUUGAAAGAUAUUACUUUUCAACCGUUGGAUCUUCCCCUUCUCAAAACUCUACGUUGGGAUUUUGUUCUUUUCAAAAAUAUUAAUCAGGUUAUUGAGCUUCUAUCAAGUUGUCCUAUUCUGGAGGAAUUACAUGUACGAUGUUCAGUUUUUGUAGAAACUACAAUUCCAGAGCAAAACAACUUAAAGGCCUUACCCAAUUUGGUAAAAGCAAGUAUGCAUACUCGUUUUUAUCCAAGCACUUUGCUCACUUUGCUGUCUGGGGUUAAGAAUCUGCAUCUAGAAACGGUAUGA